CAUUCACGGGGUUUGAAAACGCCAAGCCGCGCCUCGGCGGCCGCCAUGACUUUUUGCCUGCGCUAUGGACAAUAUGAUUCGUCAGGACGAGGUCCGAGCCACCCCUUUUCGCCCAUUUUGCCCUACCAAAAGCCCACCUUCCAUGAAAUGCCCCUCGCUCUUUGAGUUUCCAUCCAGUUGUGGCCUCCCACUCUCCCAGUCCGUAUCAAAGAUUCUCCACCACCAACAAUACCAAAACGCCUUCCAUUCAGUACGAACCAGAACAGGGCCCAGGCGUGUGAAAAAGGUAACCAGAAGCCGCCGUUGCUCCAGUGCUCCAGCAGUUCUUGACCCCAACCAAGUCCGUCAUCCACUCCACGCAGCCGUUGCUGGAUUUUUGCCUUCCCUUCUCGCAUCAACACCCAAUUUACACACCGCAACCACACCGGACAGCCGACACCCGUAGUCGUCGACAACAACAGCCAACAUGCCUAAGAACAAGGGAAAGGGUGGUAAGAACAGGAGAAGGGGAAAGAACGAGAACGACAAUGAGAAGCGCGAGUUGACCUUCAAGGAGGAGGGUCAAGAGUACGCUCAGGUCAUCAAGAUGCUGGGUAACGGCAGACUCGAGGCUAUGUGCUUCGACGGUGUCAAGCGCCUCGGUCUCAUCCGUGGCAAGCUUCGCAAGAAGAUCUGGAUCAACAACGGUGACAUCAUUCUUGUCUCCCUCCGUGAGUACCAGGACGAGAAGGGUGAUGUUAUCCUCAAGUACUCUGCAGACGAGGCCCGUUCUCUGAAGGCCUACGGCGAGCUCCCCGACACCGCCAAGAUCAACGAGACCGAUACCUUCGGCCCCAACGAGGACGGCGACUGCGGCUUCGAGUUCGACGAGGACCGUGACUCCGAGGACGAGGAGGGCGCCGAGGCCGGCGGCAAGACUGUUGAUAUCGAUGACAUCUAAACGUGUCGUCGCCUUUUCAACACCAUAUCGUCGCCUCAUCCUUCUCGGCACUUAAAGAAGAACGAGGCAACAAACCCCAAAAGUUACCGAAACAUGCGAAAUAACGCCACCCUUUCCCAACUUCCCUUUCUUCCUCCCCCUUUCCACCUUCCUUUCGUCAAAGUCAGUCAUCCCAAGGAUCCGGUCAGGAAGCAAGGGGUCGUCCAGGAAAGUCCAAAAAGCUGUCUUCUCUCUCAAACCACUCUGGCCUC